CACGCGUCGCUCAUAUUCAUCUCGACCUGCUCCCUCACGCCAUGGUCUCGCGCGUUCCACUGCCUCUGCCCAUACCGUAUUCGGCAUCUUCGGUCGUGUGCUUCGGAAUCCCAGUGCCACGCAAAGAAUGGAAGAGCCCACAGAUGUCGCGACGCUGGUCUCGAGUCUGAACGCCGACAGCGAAAGCGCCAGAAAAUAUGCUGUAUUCAAGCUGAAGGGACUCCUGCGCGAUCCUUCCUUCGCCGACGCCUUUAUCCAGUAUGAAGGCCUUCCCGCGCUCCGACGCGCUGUCCUCGAUACCACCGGUAACACCCAGGCAUACGCGCUGGGAAGUUUGGACGCUCUGCUAGAGCUCGAUAUGGGAUGGGAGUGCUGUGAUCGCGAGAUUGUAGAAAAGGCGCUUUCCCUCUCGAUAUCACACCCUCUCGUCAACAUCGUGCGAAACGCCCUCUUCCUCCUCGUACUCGUCGUUUCACGGCCCGUUGUUGCUGGGCAGGACGACGAGAGUUCGGCCAUCUAUGGAUUUCGCGCGAUUCGACCUGCGUUGGAACAACAUCCGCAAUUUCUGGAGUCACUCGUACGGCGUUUGAGCGCCUCGGAUCACCAAUUAUGCGCCAAUGCGCUGCAGCUGGUCAACGCCUUGAUGCGCGAUGCCGUACUCAAUGGUGCGGAGCACGAAUGGCCCAAGUUCGUCAAGAGUUUGCAAGAUUUGGGAGUGAUCGGCUCGGUGGGAAUGUUAAUGAGGGGCGAUGCUGCGAAUUAUGCCGACAGUCCUUUGGCGAUUGCUGUGCUGGAAUUCCAGGAUCUGACCAAGUUACUGCUCCGGAAGUGGAGAGAUGUCAUGGUGAAUGUGGAGUUGGCAGAACACAAGCGCGCGUUGAAGACGAUACAUUUGCUCAGCAAUCCAGAGCCGUACUCACCACCUCCUGGAACAAACGGAGUCAAGGCCCGUAAGCACCAUCCCGAGAAGUGGCGACGGCUUGGGUUUGAGACCGAAUCCCCAGCUUGGGAGUUUGAUGAGACGGGCUAUCUCGGCAUGAUGGAUCUGGUGGACUAUACACGGCGGAACGAGGAGACGUUUCAGAAAACACUCCUGGAGCAGUCUACGAUUCCGAGGGAGCAGCGUUGCCCGAUCGCUCGCGCGAGUCUGUGCGUGACAUUGGUGCUGUACGAGCUAUUCGAGAUUGACGACAGCACCACUGGCGAUUUGCCCGGGUAUCGGAACAGUUUCCACCGCGAUCAGAGCGUUGACAGGUUAUACAAGCCUCUGCUCUUGCAAUGGGGUCGACUUCAUACAGCGUCCUUGAAUACAUUCAUCCGACUGUGGAAGGACGCUGGGGCUGAGCACCAGGACAUUUACAAGAUCGAAGAGGUUGUGCGAGUCGUGGUCGAACGAAUCAUCGGCACGGCGGGACGCAAAACAGACAUUGCAAGAGUCGAAGACGACCUCCGCCUCGCUAGUCUCAGCACAGCCCGAAAAUGGCAGAUGGAGAACCUCAACGACGUAUAUCAGGAUGCCUGGGGUCCACAUCUCGUCGAAGUGCGUGAGCAAUUGCGCCAAGAAAGCUUACAGUUCAUGCGAGAGCAGCGCAUACGUUGCUUGCUACAAGGCUCGUGGUUUCCCGCCUCCGCAGCAGCCGAUGACACCUCCUGGCGAUAUGUUCGACUCAGCCAUAAUCGAAGAUGGCUACACUACCAGAAUUUCCCAGCCCAGGCCGAGGUGGCGCCAUCCAUGGCAGAUUUACCUGAAAAGAUCGAUCUGAACAACGUUACUUCCGUAGACAGCAACGUCUCAGGUCCAGAGGCACCUCGACCUGCCACCGCUCUCAAAGCCGACGACAAAGGCACCGAAACGCUACCGACGUCCGCACGCGGCGGCUCUGCAAAGACUUCUACCACGAAAAUCACCGUCCUCGGCACGCCCACAUUAGAAGGAAGAUUCGCUGCUCCCAAUCGAGAGAAUGAGCUCGUCCUCCUCGAACUGUUCCCGCAAACCUCUCACUUGGCCUCCGAAUGGCUCGACGGGCUCCUCAUGCUGUUGAAUCAAUCCCCCAUCACAAAGGACACUGCUCGUCUCGUCGCGAUGAUUGAAGACUGGGGCGUGCGAUUACGCAUGCUGAAUCUCCGAUGGGAGGAUGUCGACUGGGAUGCGCUAGAGAGGAGUGCCAAAGGUGAACAAGUCGCCUUUCGACCCGUGCCGAGUCGAGAGGGCAUUGAAGAUGGGGAUUUUUGGUAUGCUAUGCCUGAUGAACAGUAGGAGGAGGAGGAGGAGUUGGGUAGACAUAGCGGGUGAAGAGAGUCGCUAUGUGACGAAAGUAUGUAUGUAUGUAUUAUUAUUGUGAUGAUUUGUUAUACCCAGAGACGAAUAGGAAGAGAGGAGUUAAGAUAGUGUAAGGAAUUCAAACAAUAGACUCG